AUGCGAAGUAACGCGAAUCCGACUCCGCCAAUUCAAUUUCCACCUCGUUGUAUCGCUCGACUUCGUUCCAGACGAAGAGAAGAGCCCUGCUUCCCAUCGUUGAAGAAGCUGCUCAAGUACGUCUCGGUUGUUAUUUUACUCUGCGUGAUUUUGAACGCGAUCGUAAUGGUCUCCGUUGCCGUCUACCUGAGCGUCCGCCCCGAAGCGAUAGCGCGAGCUUUCAACGCUUCCAUGGCGUUCUACUCGAGGGAAUCCUGGCACAAGGUCACCAUUGACCAGUUGCAGUUCACCUUCCAGUGUUGCGGUCACACCAAGUACGACGACUGGAUCGCGUUCGACUGGCAGAGAGUGGACUACGCAUCCCGGGAAGAAAUGCUCGCCCAGCCGCGGAUUUCCGACGAGGAGUUUCGCCCUAUGGCUGUCCCCUACAGUUGCUGCAGCGUAAAAGCCAUGACGCCUUGUUUUCACGCGGACCUCUCGAUGAACGUCGCGAGCAUCAACGAGGCGGGAUGUGCCAGAGUCCUGAGCCCCAUAAUCCUGAGGAAUGCGGCGGUUACUUACGGCGUGUCCACGUUCCUCGUGUUCACGCAGAUUCUCCUGGCUCUCUUGAUGAUCAGAGUGUCGAAGAGACCUUUACCCUUGGAAUGUCCCUCUUGCUGCGAGUGCGCGAAGAAUAGUCCUUCGGCGCGUUCGCUCCUGGGGUCGAAUACUUCGUUUACGAGCUCGAACGGUUGCGCUGCCGGGGAUUUCCAAGAUCGUGGAAAUCGUUUGAGCACCAUCGAGAGUCAGAGCGGCUACGAGGAAGGCACGAGCGGUUCGUCGGCGUCGCCACCUCCGUCGUCCCGUUCGAAGAAAAAUUCUUCGGCGAGGACUCGUUGCUCCGGAGGCUGUGGGGCUGCGCGAAUUCGCCCCAGUUUGCAUACCGAGCAUCGUGUCCCCAAAAAACGAACAGCCUGUCAGAAAUGUACCCGUCCAAAUUGACCAGGGAGCAGUCAAGGGGGCCUCGCGGCCAACGAUAUCGUCGACUGCAGCGAAUCGCUUCAGCUCCUUUUCGGUAAUAGAAAAAGAUGACGACCGAGGAGACGAAUAAGGCGAAUCCAGGUUUGUUCGCGCGGUGGAUUUGAAGAGGACCGGUUACAGGCUGCGAGCGGUGUGCGGGAAAAAUCCAAAUCUCGGGAACCUGAUUCCGCACUCGCCGUGGCGAUAAAUUGAUACAGGGACAUCGAUAAAUUCUGACCCCGGCGAGAGACGCGAGUUCGCGGUACGUACAAGCGAAUGAAAAUGCGAAGAAGUGAGGUGCCGAUAAGUAAUUGGCGUGAGAUCCCAACCGCUAUCUCCUUCCAUUCGAGUGAUGGCAGAUUUAUCGCCCCGCAGCACGCAGGGGUGCACUUAUUCGUAAAAUGAGUGAUCUCGCAACAUGGGUAUAUCGUUGUGCAGGUGCAGGUGGAUCGAAUAUUUUUCUAUUUCUCCGCAAAUAAAUAUCGACGACUCGACCCCAUAUAUCGUUGCGAAUAUCCCUGUAAAUUAUUCCACGAGGUGCAGGUCUAAUUGCGAUGGCGAUUCGACGUCAGUUGUGCGUUCGUACGAUCGAAUGUAUUCGCGGAGAUCGGAUGGGCGGCGCUCGUCCAAUAAACGAGAAUGAUCGGGCACCGCGUAAACUGAAUUUAAACGUGCCGAAGAAGCGACGGAGAGAGGGUAGGAGAUUCUAUUCAUUCACACGCUGCGAUCGGAAGCUCCUGAGUUCAGUAUGCCUCCGGAUUCGCGACACGCGAAAACUUGUUCGGGAGUCGCGAGAAGAAAAUCGUCGAGACGAUACUUUUCGUCAAUUGCCAAGAGGGCGAGUGAACGCGGCACACGCGGUAAUCGACGACUGGGAAUCUCCGAUAAUUUUUGGCUUCCCGUGGGUUCUGAAAGUGGCGAAAUCGUGGUGCGCGAUAUAAUCCUCCUCCUCCUCCUCCGCCAACUCGGUGAUUCGGUCGCAACGAUCUUCGUACCGCCACCAGCUGCCGAUCGAGUCGUCCGUCCUUCUCCAACGGUGGAUCGUUAUCGAGGAGGCAAAAGUUUCGAGGAGGGAAAGCGGGAUUUCGUGGACUCACGGGAGAAAGGGACGGCGCUCUUUUAUUUUCUCAUUCAAUUUCGAACGAGGUAGCGGCAGCCUUCGCCUCCCGACCGACCGACAGACAAAGCGGAGGGAACUCCGAAGGAACGAUCGAAAAGGAGAGAGCGACAGGGAAGAACCAAGGCCGCGAGAUGAGUUGCUGCAGUUCGGCGCCACCUGCGCUGAACAAGGGUUGCGAGACGUUGCUCAGCAAA